AUGGACGUAAGAGACAACCCAUUUAUCAAAAACCGAUCCAGCACGAGAAUUACGAACGCCCCAGGAGGGAAUUCUACCGUAUCAUUUGGAAAUUACGUAGAACCUGAGAACAAAAAUGCUAACAAGAAAAGUGCAAAUUCAGCCUCAAUGAACAAUGAGAGCUCAGAGGCUGCGGGUAACCCAGAAAUGAACAAAAUGCCAUCUAAGUCGGACAAAAAGACGAACGUGAAGGUGAACCAGCCCCCCGGAGGAGCGUCAAGCAUCAUAUUCGGAUGA